GUUCAGCCCCUGACACUACCCUGCGGUCAUAAUCAGAAAUAGCAUUAGCCUACUAUACAUCUUUAGCCUCAAGGCAGAGGCUUCGCAGGAAGAAUGGGAGCAACAGAUUUUAAAGUGUUACAGCUCUUGCUUUUAAUCAGUUUAUCUGAGAUAUGUGGAGCGCAAAAAGACAUAACGUUAUCCGUGUUCCAAGUGUCCACAAAAAGUAUGACGGUGCGAUGGAGUCGUUACUCUGGGGCCAGCUCCUACAAAAUCACCGCCACACCAAAGAACUCUCCUCAACCGUCCGCAUUCGCCCAGUUCAGCGGGAACUCCGUCAUGGGCUCUGUUAACUCUCUCUCCGCCAACACAAUGUACACCAUGCGGGUCGAGGCCAUUGACAAAGCGGGCAUCGUCCUGAGCAGUGCAGAGUUGGACGGGAGCUCAUCCCCCGAGGUACCUACCAUUAAGCAGGCCUACUCCAAGCAGAGCGACAGCAUCACUGUGGAGUUCAGUGAGGUAAUGGGGGUGAGCGGCUACAUCCUGCGAGCUGAGUCUGAGGUGGGAGACUUCUUAUCAGAGACCGCGGUGACCAGCUCCCCCGGUACCGUGCUGCAGUUGCAGCCAUACACAGACUACACCCUCAGUGUCAUGUCUGUCAACAGCGCGGGACGCAGCCAGCCCUCAGCACCCGUCCAGAUCAGAACGGUGGUGGAGGCCCCACAGCUAAACUCCACCUCUCCCAGAAAUGACACCAUCCUGGUGACCUGGUCCCCAGUCAACCACGCGGUCCUCUACACCCUCUGCAUCAUCAAGGAGGGCUCCAACUCUCGCCUCAAACUCAACACCAGCGACCCAUUCAUGACCUUUGAUGACCUGGAGCCCGGUACCAUCUACUGCAUCAAGGGCACGGCCUGGGACCUGGACGGUCGCCCCGGAGACGACCUCACUGUGUGUCAGAUCACCCGUCCUCUCAGCCCUGGGACCAUCCAGGUGUUUUUGACCCAGACCAGAUCUGGGGGUUUGGCAGUCUACUGGCAGAUGGUGCAUGGGGCAGACGUCUACUUGGCAAAGACUUCUACUGGUCAGAACUGCUCUGCCUCAGGGAGGUUCUGUAUGAUCAGCCCACUGAGCUGCGGGCAGAACCACAGUGUGACUGUUACAGCCGAGAACAGAGCUGGAACCAGCAACCCCUCUGACCCAGAGGAAUUCAUCACAUUCCCAUGCCCUCUGGAGCAAGUCUGGGUAGAUGAGCACCAGGCGGGCAGCUGCUGGGUGUCGUGGACUAAGAUGCCCUUGGUGGAGUACUACAUCGCUUUUGUCAAGAGAGACGACGGGUCUGAGGAGCGCUGUAACACCACUGACACCACCUGUCACUUCUACUGCAUGUGUGGCUACACCUACCUCAUCACCAUGUUCACCUACAACCAGGCUGGCUCCAGUCCACCGGGAGACGUGUUCAACUAUACCACCAUUCCCUGUUGCCCAGAGGACGUUACCAUAGCACUGGUGUCGACGGAGACCCUGGAGAUCAUGUGGUCGUCGGUGCGGGGGGCGGAACUUUACGAGACGACGGCGGAGGAGAUUGAUGAUGUCAUUCACUGUAAGGACACGGCGCCUGUGUGUGCUCUGUCCAACCUACGCUGUAACACACAGUACAGUGUGGUGGUGAGACCAUGCAGUGAAAUACGAGGCUGCAACCGCACCUGCAAACCUCACACACACGAGACAGCUCCCUGUUCUCCAGAGAUCCUGAGUGUAUCUCAGACCAACUCAUCCUCGAGUGUCAGUGUCUUGUACACGGCCCCCAACACCCCCAACACUACCUACACCGUCACAGCCGUGGGCCUCACUGACACACACACCUGUCAAUCACUCUCCACCUCUUGCCAGCUCACACAGCUACCCUGCGGAGCCACCUAUGAUGUCACAGCGUAUGCCAGGACAGCAGUGGGGCCAAGCCUGUCCAGCUAUAGCGUGCCCCUGGAAACAGGUCCCUGCUGCCCCCACACCCUGACAGUAGACCAGGUGACCCAGGCCAUGACCAACGUCACCUGGUCCCCCGCUACAGGGGCGCGCUCCUAUGUCACGGCGCUGACAUCAUCUCGGGGACACGCCAAGUGCCACACCAUGGACACACACUGCCUGAUGGGAUGCAUCACCUGCGGGACCAACUAUAGCGUGAGCCUGGAGGCCAUCAGCAGGACAGGCCACAAGGCAGAAUGCAGAUAUCAUGGGUUCUCAUCCAGCGCCUGUUGUCCAUCGAGUGUCAAGCUCUACCGGAUGGCCAACAAAUCUCUGAGGGUGUACUGGCACUCCUCGGGCCCCCAGAACCACACGGUGGACCUGAUUGGGACAGGCACCAACCACACUUGCAUCCCCCCGCCUCUCAGCAGCUCCUGUGACGUGGCCGAGGUCAUGUGUGGGGACGUCUACACCAUGGUGGUGGCACCUGUCAAUCAGGAUGGGAGCAAAGUCACAUUCUGUCCCGGCAGGAUCUACUCUGUGUCCUGCUCCGGAAGCAAUGUAGGAGUGGUGAUCUAUCGGGGAAAGAGAAGUGUCGAUUAGAGGUAAUCCCCUGGAAAGGCACAACAUGUAAUCUACUUAUAUCAACUUCUGUCCCGUCUGUCAAGAAAUCAGCUGAAAUGUCAUUGUUUUUAUUCAGUCCCCCUCCUUUGAUUCUAUCUUCAUCUAUCUAUGCUGUUUGGGUCCAACGUGUGUCCUUAUGACAAAGCAUCAUUAAGUUCAUUAUCUAAGGUGUGUUAUCUUCAGUUUCUAACUCAAUAAGACUUGAUGCAGGUUGAUAUGACUAUAAAGAGACAUGCAACAUUAUAAUCUCUACAAUCAAAAUGACACAUUAAAGGUGUUCAAUUCCAAAUACUUGCUAUUGACGUUUCGUUAUCUGUAUCCACUGUGUCUUUUCUCCUACAUAUAUUGUUUUUACUAACAGACUGAAACUGUGAUUAUGGAUCCUAGUGUUUAGCAGAGAUAAAUCAUUACAAUGUCUGUCCUUUGUUUAAGUCUACCUUCAUGACCCAAGAGAAACAAGAGAAAGGGUGUGCCACAUCAUACAUUUGUCUGUGAGCUGGACUGUACAUGUCUUUUUUUUCUUUUUAUACAUGAAAGAACAUAAGUAUCCUUAAGUAGGAAGCCUCCAUAGAGUUGUUGUUAAGCAUGUUAUGUGUGGUCAUACAGCUGUUUGUUGGUCACUGUGAAAGAGGAGCAUAGAGAACAUACUAGAAUACCACUGGAGCUCAGGCUGCUGCUGAGGGGAGAACGGCUCAUAAUAAUGUCCGGAACGGCGCCGAUGGAAUGGCAUCAAACACCUGGAAAUCAUGUGUUUGGUGUAUUUGAUACCAUUCCACCUACGCCUCUCCAGCCAUUACCACGAGCCCAUUCUCCUCAAUUAAUGUGUGACCAACCUCCUGUGCACUGGAGUCAUACAUGUCAUAUGGAUGACAAGUCAGGUCAUAUUGAAGGGCAGAGAAUGUUCCCAUUGCAUUCAAUGUGUUCAAACAAUAAAACACCCUAUU